AUGGCUACGAAGAACAACACGGCCGAUUACACAUAUCUACCAGUACCGCUACUGCCUGGCCAAGCCAACUGUCGCCUUUCAGAAUGCGUGCCACGAACUGUACAUGUUUCCGCCGCACAGGAAACCGUUGCACUAGACCAGCAGCUCAAACUCAAGGAGAUCAUCGAAACAAUCUCAACACAGGUCGACUCUGUAGAAUAUGAAUCGAGCAACUCUGAAUCGAACAUCACUGUUGCGAGAUCUUGUCUCAAUGGCCUCAGCACGUUCCUUGGGGACAUUCUUGCGACACAGACAUACAACGAGAGGAGACUGCAUGAUAGCAAAAGCGCUCUACGCACAUUCGAGAUUCCUGAAGUCUUAGAGCUCAUCCUCGACACCCUUCCACUGCACGAUCUUCUUCGAGUUUGGGCGGUCAAUGGGGCCAUGCGCGAUGCCAUCCAACAUUCUUCGCAACUCCAGAGAAAGCUGUGCCUUCGCCCCGCCAGCCCUGGAAGUAACUUCUAUGCGCCAUUUGACCUCGACAACCGAGUCGCGCCAGGGUUCAUCUGUGCUCCGCAUAGCAUAUCUGACAGCGCCAACUUGGCUCAGAGAGGGCGCGUGAGGAUCGAAGCAUCUUUCGCUCUCUACCCCGGCCAGAAGCUCGGCGGCAUCACGCCUCGCGCACGACGCAUGCUUGUCUGUCAACCUCCUAUCCAAAACAUGUUUGCGAAGGUGCGCUGCUGUGGGCGACUAGCGUGGCCACAAGAAUGGAGCUUUCCCGGCUUUACGCGUGUCAUGGAGCAGAGAUUGUCAAAGUGCCAAAUCGGCCCCAGCGAUCCCGGACCUGGUGGACUGACCAUCGGUGACUUGUAUGACUGCGCAGUAAAGGUCACGGAACAUCAUCGCUAUUGCGGCAAGGCAAAUGCUCGUCAGUUGGACAGUGAUGGCUUUGUCAAUGCGCGAGUCACGUUUCAGGGUGACGUCCAGCUGACAGAGGAGGAUCCGCUCUGGGGGGAGCUCGAACGCAAACAAAAUCAGAAGCAAAGUGAGAAGGAAGAGGAGCGGAGGACAAAAGAGCGGUUCGGGGCGUACACAGAAGCAAAGCGGACCGGAGCGCUGAUGGCCAAUGAAGCACACGAGAAUGAAAGGCCGGUCCCGACCCUUGAACAGUUCCUGGAGUUGGACGCAGAUCCGCACUGGGACUGGGCAACGGGACAGAGGAAUCACGUCCAACAGUCUGAGCCACACGUCACCACAUGA